AUGGCCGUCCCAAGAAGGUCUUUGGAUGGCAGGUUGUUCUGGGUGCUGGGCCUUGUUUGUGCCAUGUAUCAGAUAUUUUUUGUUCGGUCAGCAGCGGGUCAAACAGCACAGUUGAGUGUGAAUGCUUCACCUCAGAAUACUCAGAUGAUUCCUGAGAAUAUGUUUGGCAUCUUUUUCGAGGAGAUUAAUCAUGCCGGGGCUGGUGGGUUGUGGGCCGAACUUGUAAAUAAUAGAGGUUUUGAAGCUGGUGGUCCUAAUACUCCUUCAAACAUUGACCCAUGGUUGAUAAUUGGAGAUGAAUCGAACAUUAUUGUUGCAACCGACCGCUCAUCCUGUUUUGCAACUAAUCCAAUCGCACUUCGGAUGGAAGUACUUUGUGAAUCUAGUGGAAAUGAUGUCUGCCCACCAGGAGGUGUCGGUAUUUAUAAUCCUGGUUUCUGGGGCAUGAAUAUUGAGGAAGCGAAGGUUUAUAAAGUCAGCAUGUACAUCAGGUCAUCAGACUCCAUGGAUCUAACAGUUUCCUUGACAAGUUCAGAUGGUCUUCAGAAUCUAGCUGCUUAUACCAUCACGGCUGAUAAGGAAGAUUUUAAAGAGUGGACGAAGGUUGAGUUUGAUCUGCAAUCAAGUGAAAGAAAUUCCAACUCAAGGCUUCAGCUUACAACCAGAACAAGUGGCAUUGUUUGGUUUGAUCAAGUAUCACUUAUGCCAUCUGAUACUUACAUGGGGCAUGGUUGUCGUAAAGAUCUUGCGUCUAUGCUGGCAAAUCUAAAGCCUAAAUUUUUGAAAUUCCCAGGUGGAAACUAUGUCAUGGGAAACUAUCUGUCAAAUGCAUUUCGCUGGAGUGAAACUGUUGGACCCUGGGAGGAGAGACCUGGUCAUUUUAAUGAUGUUUGGGGCUACUGGACUGAUGAUGGACUUGGAUUCUUUGAGUUCCUUCAAUUAGCAGAAGACCUUGGUGCUUGCCCAGUUUGGGUGGUCAAUGAUGGGGCUAGCCGAAAUGAACAAGUGCCAUCUGCCACAAUAGCUGCUUUUGUAAAGGAUGUUGUUGACGGCAUUGACUUUGCGAGGGGAGACCCUGGGACUUCAUGGGGUUCAGUUCGUGCAGCAAUGGGACACCCAGAGCCCUUUCAGCUUAAUUAUAUUUCUAUGGGAAAUCAGGAAUGCUCAAUGCACUACUAUAAAGAGAAUUACCGCAAGUUCUAUUCUGCAAUAAAAGCAUCCUACCCAGAUAUCAAAAUCAUAUCCAGCUGUGAUAGAUCUACCAUUUCACCGGUCGAACCUGCUGAUCUGUAUGAUGUUCAUGUCUAUACCUCAUCUGGUGAUAUGUUUUCCAAAUCUAGCAUGUUUGACAGCACACCCCGGGGCGGACCGAAGGCAAUUGUUAGUGAAUAUGCUGUGACCGGAAAUGAUGCUGGCCGAGGAACACUAGUAGCUGCUCUAGCUGAAGCUGCAUUUCUUAUUGGAUUAGAAAGAAACAGCGACGCGGUUGAAAUGGCAAGUUGUGCUCCACUCUUCGUAAAUGACAAUGAUCACAGGUGGAGUCCAGAUGCCAUAGUCUUCAACUCAUGGCAGCACUAUGGAUGUCCAAACUACUGGAUGUUACACUUCUUCAAGGAGUCAAGCGGCGCGGCACUUCAUCCAUCUACCAUUCAUGUAUCGAACUAUAACCAACUGGUCGCAUCGGCUAUCACGUGGCAGAAUUCUAAAGAUGGAAAUACCUACCUAAAAAUAAAGGUUCUCAAUUUCGGCAACAAGGCUAUAGAUCUUAGUAUCUCUAUAACUGGGCUGGAGAAUGAGGUUCAGACAUUUGGAUCCAUAAAGACGGUACUUACAUCUGGUUCCCUACGGGAUGAGAACUCCUUCCAGCAACCAGACAAGGUGGUGCCGGUGGAAAGCCCGAUAAGCAAUGCGAGGGAGGAGAUGAGCCUUGUACUGGAUCCAUACUCCCUCACCUCGUUUGAUCUCCUCUUGGACCUGAAGUCAAGCUUGCAGAUGAUGCAUUCAGUCCCGGAGUCAAGCUUGCAUUCAAGUAUGUGA